ANAUACCUAUUACAUUUUCUAUUCACAGAAACUCGCUUAACAGUACAAAGUGUCGAAGAUACACUCAAUGAACUAUCUAACGUUGUAAAAAGGUCCGAUCUGAUUCAUGGCGAGGGGAGCGUCACUGAUCGAGCAGAGCACACCAGUGAGGUGAUGCGGGAUGUACAAUUGCUCAAAAUGAAUCACGAGCUGAUGUCCAAAGUUUUUCAACAGAGCUCCCUAAUGGGAUCUUUCAGCGAACAAAUCUAUCAGAAUGCCAUUCGCCAAACUGUCGCCACGCAAGGCGAUGAUGAUUGGAAGCCCUUCACAGAGAUCGCAUGCUCCAUAGCUCGCAUGGCACGCGCGAAAUCCACAAUGCUGGGCGCGUAUAAGGUUGAGGUAAAAGAACGCAUUGUUAAGGAACGACAGCAACGCAAGAAAGCAGAACAGGCGGAAGAAAAACGUCCAGAGCGC